AUGGCGCAAACCAGACCCGAAUCUGCCCCCUCACCAGCGCAAGGUGUGGGCCCGUUCUAUAGACCGGACGAUGAGAAACCAACUGCGACUAUCUCGAAGGCUGUCUCCUAUGAGAACGUCCAUGUCCUUCCUCAAACACCUCAAUUGAUCGCACUAUUGACUAUGAUUAGAGACCAGAAAACUGGGCGUGCGGACUUCAUAUUCUAUUCCAAUCGGAUCAUUCGUCUACUAGUGGAGGAGGGCUUGAACCAUCUCCCCGUUGUGGAGCAGUCUGUCACAACGCCAGUCGGUCGAUCCUAUCUGGGAGUGAGGUUCCAGGGAAAGAUUUGUGGUGUGUCAAUCAUGAGAGCAGGAGAGGCCAUGGAGCAAGGACUAAGGGACUGUUGCCGAUCCGUGCGCAUUGGAAAGAUUCUGAUACAGAGGGAUGAGGAGACGUGCAAGCCGAAGCUCUUCUAUGAGAAACUUCCCGCCGAUAUCGCCCAGAGGUGGGUUCUUCUGCUAGAUCCCAUGUUUGCUACAGGCGGAUCGGCAACAUUAGCGGUGGAGGUUCUGAAAGCAAAGGGGGUUCCAGAAGAACGCAUACUCUUCUUGAACCUCAUUGCUAGCCCUUCGGGGGUAGCUGAUUUCGCCGAACGCUUCCCCAAGCUCAGAGUGGUGACUGCCUUUAUUGAUCAAGGGCUAGACGAGAAGAAAUAUAUCGUUCCUGGCCUAGGUGACUUUGGCGACAGAUAUUAUACCUUAUAG